AUGGUCAAGCGAAAGAGAACAGCUUUGGAGAAGCAGACGAAUUUGCCGAGUUUGCAGAAUCAGAUCAGACGGGAUCCACCAUCCUACCGGGACGAUUUUCUGAUCCAGUUCCGACACUACGAGUCGCAGAGAGACAUCUUUCUUGCGCAGCCCGAAGGAUAUGAUAGCGAGCCGUUCAUUGAGCAAUUAGGGUUCAUUACUCAUGUCGCUGAUUGUUACCCCGAUGUUACCAAACGAUUCCCGCAGGAUUUGGCGGACUUGCUCCUUCAUCAUCAUAAUACCCUCGAGCCUGACUUGCGAGAGAAGUUGGUUCAGUGUCUCGUACAGUUAAGAAAUAAAGAUGUGAUUCCUUCAACAGCUCUCCUUCAAACCCUUUUCCCAAUCCUGACUACCACAAACUCGAAACAUCUCCGUUCUCAGCUCUACCAUUCGAUCGUCUCGGACAUCCGGAAUGCAAACGCCAAAACUAAGAACCAUCGGUUAAACAAAACUGUUCAAGGUGUGCUCUUCAGUGUUGUGGAAGCAGGGAAGGGCUCCCCGGACGCUAUUGUCGGUCUGUGGGCUGUAAAGGUUACCCGUGAGCUAUGGAGACGAAAUAUUUGGGAUGAUGCCCGAACCGUCGAAAUCAUCAAAGAAGCGAGCUUAAGCGCCAAUGCGAAGGUCAUGAGCGGUGGUGUUAGGUUUUUCCUUGGCGUAGACAAGGAAAGGGAAGAAAUGGACGAGAGCAGCGAUGAUGAAGACUAUAACGAGUCGUUGAGCAAGCUGAAACACCAGGCUGGUGUCAGCGGGAAGACGAAGAAGAAACAAUCUCAGAUGGAGAGGGCGGUUGACAAACUAAAAAAGAAAGAGCGAAACAAGCACAAAGCCUCGCCGUUAAAUUUCUCCGCUCUACAUUUGCUACAUGACCCUCAAGGCUUUGCCGAGAAUCUGUACUCUAUGCACCUUGCUAAGAGUAAUAACAAACUCUCGAUGGAGCAGAGGCUAUUGGUUUUGCAAUUGGUAUCCCGUUUGAUCGGUUUGCACAAACUUACCGUCAUCGGGAUAUACUCUUAUCUACUAAAGUAUUUAACGCCCCGCCAGCGUGAAGUUACCCGGUUCUUAGUCGCAGCGGCUCAGGCUACACAUGACCAGGUCCCACCAGAUCUCCUUGAACCAAUUAUUCGGAAGAUCGCAGACGAAUUUGUUUCUGAGGGAGUUGCUGGGGAAGUUGCCACAGCUGGUCUCAACAGUAUCCGAGAAAUUUGCGCUCGUCAGCCUUUGGCUAUGGACGAAUCCUUGCUACAGGACCUUACUACAUACAAAGGAUCAAAGGACAAGGGUGUUGUGAUGGCUGCAAGAAGUUUGAUCGGGUUGUACCGUGAGGUUGCACCUGAUAUGCUGAAACGAAAGGAUCGCGGUAAGACUGCAACCAUGGAGAUGAAAACCAAGGAGAAGUUGAGGUUUGGUGAGGAAGCAACAGGUACUAUCGAAGGUCUCGAUUUACUUGAGAAGUGGUAUGAGGAGCAAAAACAAAAGAAAAUCGAAGAAGGUGGAGAGGAGGCAGCCGACAAGGAAGAGGAAGAUCAAGGAUGGGAAGGUUGGGAUGUCGAAAGUGACAGUGAUGACUCUGGAAGUUGGAUCGGUGUUUCCGACGACGAGAAAGAUAUUGAAAUCAGCGAUUCAGAGGACGAGAAGCCAUCGGCAAAGGCUAAGAAAACUAAGCCGCAAGAAAAUAAGGAAGAUGGUAUGGAUAUUGAUGCUGAGGAUCAGGGGGGCUCUGCACAGUCAACAAAUAGCCCAAGCAACUUUCUGAGUCUAGCUACUACAAGGAUUCUGACGCCGGCCGACCUGGCGACCAUUGCCAAGAUGCGAGCAGCUGCUGACCUGCAAAAGGCAUCCUCCAAGACCAUCACAGCCCUGAGAAAUGAGGACGAAGUCGACGAAUCUUUAAUCGAGGGACCUAAGACAAGAGGUAAAUCUGAUAAGGAGGCUCGACUCGCAGCAGUUCAAGAAGGCCGUGAAGGCAGAGAGAAGUACAGCUCCAAGAGAGGAAAGACAUUAGCGGAGAAGCCACACAGCACAACAAACAAAGAAAAGGCGCGCAAGAAGAAUUUCUUGAUGACCCUUGGCCAGGCAAAAAAGAAACAAAAGAGGAGUUUGAUAGAGCAUCGAAGGAUAUUGAAGGCACACGUCGAAAAACAAAAGAAGGGCAAAUAG